CUUCGACCGAUCCGCUGCUUGUUUCCUGUGACAGGGGAAGUGGCAGCUCUUGGUAACCCUUGACCCCUUGCUGGUCACUUAGGCAGAUAUGCAGGACAUUGAGGACUUUGUCAGAGGGCAACAAGGACAGCACAAGCAAGGAGACAAAUGCCACUGCUGGCUGAGCCUUGACAAGGAAGGACCCACAGUGCAGCUGUAAUGCCGGAUUGUUGUGAUCAGAAGUUUAUCUUCGUGCUGUUUGCAAGCAUGCAGAUUUCCUCUCUUCCCACCCUGUGUGUCUUGCUUGUGAAGUUUCCUGUCGGCUUCAGCCCUCGAGCGCUGCUAGAUUGCUGGAGUUGAGAUAAAGAAAAGGCCUUGCUCUGAGCAGAGCCAGGAUAAACAAGAACAACAGCAACAACAGAGCGAGCGGCAUAACAUCUUCGAGGUAACGUGGCAACCGAUGUUCUGCACUUCAGCACAUCAGAGGCGCCCCAUGUUUCAAUCGCCCUUAAGGUGUCUGCUAGGUACACAGAGGUAAUCACAGCUGAGCAAAAGACAAGGAAAGACACAACAUUUUUAAAGAGUGAGCUUCUAAUCUUUCUUUUAAAAAACUUGACUUUAAUUUUAAUGUGCAUGGCUUUUUGUUUCCUAUUGUAUGCAAUACCAGGAUUGUGCAUGACUGGCCUCCAAAUUCGACAAACAUUUGAGUUUCAGAAUCAUCUAAUUGACAAUAAAAUAGUUUUACAGUCAAUAUAAGAUACAAAGUCACACAGGUAGUUAACCUAAUUUUGUAUCCCAAUGUGGCUGUCUCACUGUCGGACACCGAUUUACUUGAGCUUUCCUUCUUCCUGCCUUUACUGUCUCUAAAUUCUGCACUGUCUUUGUUGAUCUGUCUGUCUCCCCCACCGUCUGUCUGUCUGUCUGUCUGUCUGUCUGUCUGUCCAUCUCUCCAUCUCUUCUCUCGCAUCUCGUAUAUCUCCAUCAGGCAGGGACGAAAAUAUCUGAGGAGCUGCAGUCUGACUGAAACUGAGACCUGGAAUGUACUCCUAUACCGUCACACAAACACACACACACACACGCACACGCACACACACACGCACACACACACACACACGCACGCAUGUGCUACACAACAGGCAGACAGGUGCACUUCCAAACUAACAAUAUAGCCUACUAAUGGUUACUCACUCGCACACACAUAACGCACACGCACGAACACACACGCACACGUCUCAAAGCGCUCACGUGCAAACUCCUGUCCACGCUCCAUGUUUGGCCUGUAGUCUAUGAAUAGAGGAGACAGUGCCCCCUGGUGCGGUUACAACAGUACUCCUUGACAUCCAUAUCCCGAUUAAUUUGGAAUUCAAUUCAAAAUGUAAAUUAUCCAUAAUUUACAAAAAAUAUUAUGCUGCUUUUUGGGGGGAUUGUCUAUGUGUCUUAUUGUGUUACAGCAUCUUACUGAAAUAUUCCCACUGCGGGACAUUUGAGUAUAUCAAGGCGUAUUCUAUUAUAAAUACAGAGAAAGCAUAAAACAUUAUCUUCACAAAAAGUGUCAUUUGUUAUAGAGUUUGCAUUUCAUUGUUGUGCAGUAUAUUAUAUGAUGUGAGUGUAUUAUAUGUCUGUCAAGACGCUGUGUCACAAGCUGUCUUAUUAGUAAAAAAAACAUCGGGUACAUUCAUAGAAAUGGGUCAACAUAGUUAAUCACUGAGUGGUGUAAGUGAAUGAACAGAGUCAACAUUGAUAAAAUCAGCAUCUCAUUGUGGUUUUUUUUUGUAGCAUUUUCUUGUGUAAAACAUCAUCGCAGUUGUCAAUUUAAGGGUGUGGUAGCCCCAUCUACCUUUGUGUGCAACAAUUAGUACUGCUUUAGUGCAUUAAUGUAGACAGAAAUUAGGCUACACCCUUAAUUUUGUCCGUUGUGCAUAAUAUGAUGAAACACAUCUUUGUGUGAGUAACAUUUAAUGGUUUUUUUUCUUAUAGUGUACUUUUUGUUCAGUGUAGCAGAAGCUUUGUGUUCGAGAGUUACUUGUCAUUGUUGCCAGCAGGCAAACUGCACUGUAUAUAUUUAAAUAACGGCUGUUUGCUGUUUACAAGUCUGCUAGACCACAAUGCACUGGGGGGGACAAGGACCUGAUGGAUGAAUACUGAUGAGGAAGACUGCUUGGCCACUCUCUUCAUUAGUUAGUUGCCACCUUGAGUGCUGUCCGAGGCUGCCUCAGGUUACAUCUACCACAGAGGUCAUAAUGCCUUUAAUCACAAUAAUAAACGACGAGGAAAUAUUUACUUUGCGCGUGGACAAGUUCAAAGCGCACAUACAUGAAUGCAGGCACGAACGCGCACGCACUCACACACAAAAGAUGUAGUGCGCAAAAACUUUUGUGACUUUUUGCACAUACGAUUGGAUUAUAAAACGAAUUUAUCAAAUGAUUUUAAAACGCUUCUACUAAUAAAUGCAUAAUUUAUUGAAAAUAUGGAACAAAUGGAGGACCCAUGAACGCAGGGACGCCUCCCUAUUGCACGAUACUCAAGAGACGCGCACGCACUGGACGUAGCGCGCACUGGACGUGGCGUGUACGUGGACCAGCUGCAAGUUUUCAUUUUAUAGCUUAUCUGCCAUUAACACCGCCUUUCACUCGCUCGCACGCUCUCUCUCUCUCACUUGUAGUUCUCAGUGUAUAUUUGGAUUCGUUUGAAUCCAGUAGACAGACUAUCGAACUGAGUAAACAAUAGGUCAAGACAACUCGUUUAAAAUUUGUUUAAAAGGUGUUUUAAAAGGCCUGUGGUGAAAACAGUUCGUUUAUAUUAACGUGUUAUUCUAAAAAUUGGGUAUGAUAAUAAUAAUUUAAAAAAAUCAAAACAUCUUUGAGUGCCUCCGUUUCUGUGGAUCACCUGGUUUGCAUUAACGAAUUGAUGUAUGUCUGGUUUUGUUUAAGACAAAAAGUAAAUUCCAAGAAAGAGCACAGACCACAUGCUGGCUGCAGCCCUGCAUUUCUUGCAGUGGGCACUUUUUUUUGUUCCGAGACUCUUUUCGAGGCAAAAGGGGCGGGUUGGAUAUUCAGAUGAGCCGGAGUGACAGCUCCAGUUCCCCCCAAUGCCGCGUGUGUGUAUAUGUGUGUGCGCGCGCGCGCGCAUGUGUGUGUGUCCAACUCCAUCGGCUCCUUCCCUUCCAACUCCUCACAUAGCGCUGCGUACUAAAAACACCGGACGCUAGGGGAUCAAGACGCGCGCCACCCAGCCUCUAUUGGGCUCUUUGACAAACCUUACGGUGUUUUGCCACAAAGGGGGCUUUGGAGGGUAGACUUUUUUUUGGGGGGGGGGUUCAAUUAUUUCACUGUCUGAUGUGACUGUUUGCACCGCCGGUUAUUGAGUCGAUUGUUAGCCGCCCUGUGCGCAUUCCCCCUUCCCCUUGUGCGCCUUUUCCCCUCCUAACGCGUUUGGAUCGGCUGUCUACCCCCACGCGCACCCAUGUCUUAUCCUCAGGGUUACCUCUACCAGCCCCCGGGCUCGCUGGCUCUGUAUUCGUGUCCGGCUUAUGGGGCCUCGGCUCUGGCCGCUCCACGGAAUGAAGAUCUGGCGAGGUCGUCUUCCGGCUCAGCAUUUAGCCCGUACCCUGGAUCGGCGGCUUUUUCCGCCUCGGCCAGCUCGGGCUUCUCCAGUCCGCUGUCAUACUCCACGGACCCUGCCACGGGAUUCCCAUCGUACAUGAGUUCUCCAUAUGAGGCACACACGACAGGCAUGGCGGGGGCGUUAAGUUAUCACCCCUACGGGAGUCCGGGGUACCCCUAUCAGCUCAACGACCCGGCUUACCGCAAGAACGCCACUCGGGACGCCACGGCCACCCUGAAGGCCUGGCUGCAGGAGCACCGAAAGAAUCCUUACCCUACCAAAGGGGAGAAGAUCAUGUUGGCCAUCAUCACUAAGAUGACGCUGACUCAGGUCUCCACUUGGUUCGCCAACGCCAGGAGGAGACUGAAGAAGGAGAACAAGAUGACAUGGGCGCCCAGGAAUAAGAGCGAGGAUGAGGAUGAGGAGGAUGGCGACGGCGAGAGGAAGGAUGUGGAGCGAUCCGAAAAGAACUUGGAUAACAGCGAGGCUUCGGCCGAGGAUGAAGGUAUUAGUUUGCAAGUGGACACUCUGACAGACCACUCGUGUUCUACCGAGUCAGACGUGGAAAAGGUGGUGUGUCGGGUGGGAGAUUUGGGCUCUGAUCAGGCACGGGACAAAUGUGAAGAUGACGUGGAGGAGCAGAACCACGCCUCUCGCUUUCAGCUCUCCCCCAAAUCGGUCACAACCUCGCCUCUGAUGGGAGUCGAAGCGCCGGUUUUCACUCAUCAGCACCAUCACCUACAUCGCCUCCAACAUCUCCAACGCGAGGAUUUUGCUCGGAGCCUCGGCAUGUGCAACACUAUUAAUGCCAAUAAAUCCUGCAUUGAAAGUAGACCCUCCACGGGGGCUUCUCAGAACCCCAAACCCAAAUUGUGGUCACUCGCGGAGAUUGCUACCUCAGACCCAAAGCAGCAACAGGGGCAACAAAACUGCCCCUCCUCCUCUUCUAUCAGCGGGGGACUUCUGACUCCCCCGACUCCCUCCACAGCCUCCCCGUCUGCCACUUCACCCUCUCUCUACGCGACCCCCUCCCUCAUCGGAAGACCUAUUUAUUACACUUCGCCCUUUUAUAGCAAUUACACAAACUACGGCAACUUUAGCCCACUGCAGGGCCAAAGCAUACUGCGCUACUCCAAUUCUUCCGGGGUAAGUCUGGCUGCAGCAGCCGCCGCCGCAGCCGCUGCAGCCGCCGCAGCCAGUGAGGGUCUCGGCUCCCACCAGGGCUCUCCGGAGGCCGGCGCGCAGCCGAAACAACUCAGACCCGACUCGCCCCUGCUUAAAAUAAACUCAAACCAGACUGUUGGUGGUGUAGAGCAACAUCAAAAACCGCAUUACAGACCAGCAAAUCUGGAGGCAAAGAAGGGCACGUAAUUGAUCGUGAGCAAGUGAGUUAUCUUUAGAUUGUAUUUUAAACACACAAAAGCUGGGAGAAGACAUAGGUCACUUGUUUUAAAUGAGACACCACUUCUUUUUUUUAACGCGUGUUCUCACUGAGAAGAUCAUUACUUUCUCAUUAUAAUUUUUCUUUUCCAUUGAGCGCGACAAACGCAUAAAAACGCGCUUAUUUUAUUUGUGAGUGAAUUUGAACGACGCAAAUUAAAAUACAUUUUGCAGGAAAAAAUAUACUAUAUAGUUUGAUAGUUUUAUUUGUUCGGGUUGAAAUGUGCGUGCAGCGUGCACCUAGUUAAUGACUCAAACUAACGACAAAUAGACCCACGUCAAUAUGUGCUCACGUGCAACAAGUGAGUCCGAUCAAACUUGGGGACGGUGCAUUUAUCUUGCUGGUUGCCAUCGAGGAUGAUCCAACACUUGCAUAUAUGCAAAUUAUGUAUUUCCACCGACUUCAUAAGCAUGGUAUGAUUUGGGAAUUUUACUCUGGACUGGCCAUGUCCUGUAAUUUUUGGCGCAAGUGACUGUCCCGCAGUCUUUAUAUUUAUUUCCAACUUCUGCAGGUAGGUGUCACAAUUGCUUUGAGUUGAAAAGGCAGAGUGGACACCACAUUUUAGUGGCGUGUACACGUUUUGGCUCACACUAAAGGUCUCCAGUGCCACCAUAUAGCCGAACUUUCGACAGCGCACACAUUUAUUAUGUUGUUAAUGUUUGAUAUGCUUUGCAGUCACUUUAUUGUAUGCUAUAUUAUUAUUUGACCUGUGCUCACUGUUUUUCAGUUUUCCCAACAUAUGUGAUUAUGUUAUUUCUCAGGUUUCUCUUGGUUUGCUAUUUCAGUACAUAGUAUUUAUGUGUGGAAACAUAAUUUGGCUUUUUUGUCCAACCUUUUUUAAACAUUAAUGCAAAGAACGAGCCAGAAGAGAACCUGUGUGGACUUCAAAGUAGAAAAGCCUACAUUUGAUAUUUAUUUUUUUAAAUAAUGGCGAAAUUAUGCCUAUAAUUUAUGCAAGUUGUAUUGCAAAAAUCAGUGAACAAAAACUGACAUCUGUCGUCUGUUUUUUUCUGUAAAUAUAUACAGUAUAAAUAUAUAUAGAUAUAUGAACAGUUUUUAUUUGGGACAAGCAACACAAUCUUAUGAGGAUUAGGCCUACUCCUGAUAAUUUAUACAUUUUAAUGUAAAUAAAAAUGAAAACGGGCGCUGGCGGAAUACUGUGCUUGUGGCAAUUCAAAGUAUAGGAAAUAUUAAACUGU